AUGCAGAUCACCACGACCGCCGUUACGCAGCACUGUGGCCGACGAACAGGAGCGCAACAUUUUAGCCAGGCGAGCACUCUCAAUACGACUUCAGGGUCACACAAAUCUGGCGUCGAACCACAUUCUGUUCCCGCCACCACCAUCACGCGCGCAGAUGGAGAUCUUGUCACAUUUAUGCCUCCACGGCCCAGAAGAAUUGUCGUGGGAAUCACAGGAGCCACCGGCACAAUUUAUGCCAUUCGAAUGCUAGAGAUUAUGCGUCAACUUGGCAUCGAAACUCAUCUCAUCAUCAGCAAGUGGGCACUUGCAACUCUCAAGUACGAGACUAAUCUAACCGAAGCACAAAUACGUGGCCUGGCCCAUGCGACUUAUACUGCCAAAGACCUCUCUGCGCCGAUCGCCUCUGGCUCCUUCCAGCAUGAUGGAGUCGUGAUUGUUCCCUGUAGCAUGAAAACCCUUGCAGCCGUACGAAUUGGCUUCUGUGAUGAUUUGAUCUCGCGUGCUGCAGACGUGAGCUUGAAGGAAGGCCGGAAAGUCUUGCUAGUUGUGCGAGAGACACCACUCAGCGAUAUUCACCUGGAAAAUAUGCUCGCUUUGAGGCGAGCAGGAGCAACCAUAUUCCCUCCUGUACCAGCAUUCUACACACAGCCCAAGAGCCUCGACGAGAUGGUGAACCAGAGUGUCGGUAGGAUGCUUGACUCAAUGGGCAUUUUCUUGGAUAAUUUUCAUCGAUGGAACGGGUUUGAGAGAUCGAAGAAAGACAAAAUACCUGGCGGAACCCCGAAAGAGCCUUAG